AUGACACCACAUCCCGACCACUUCUUACUCGCCUCGGAGCUUGAAGGGCAGCCAGGGUGGGAACAGUUGCCGGGACUGGGAGUGGCUGUUGUGUGCUCAGCCUCGGGCCAGAGCCAGGGGCCGGCUGGAGCGGGAAGGCGCCUGCAGCAGCAGCAGCAUCUGCCGUGGGAAGGAGCCGCUCGCCUGGGCGACAGGAUGACGGCCUUUGGCGUCCAGAUGCUGCUGUGCCUCCUAGCACUCGCUGCCCUCCCAUCCGAUUGGCUUUUGCCUGUGGCCCUUGCUCAAGACGACCCUCCAGACCCAACAGGUGCACCUGAUCCAGCGGCAACACCGGCAGACGUAGGCGGUCCAUCACCAGCACCUGGUGAAUGCCGCGAAGAGCAGUUUCCGUGCACACGCCUGUACUCGGUCCACAAGCCUGUGAAGCAGUGUAUCAGUUACCUGUGUGUUACCAGUGUCCGUAGGACGUACAUGAUAAACAAGGAGAUCUGUUCUCGUAUUGUCUGCAAAGAGGACGAAGCUAUGCAGGAGGAGAUCUGCCGCCAGAUGGCCGGUCUGCCACCACGCCGCCUCCGCCGCUCCAAUCGGCCCCGCGGACCGCUCUGCCGACGGACUCAGGACCAGCAUCGGAACGGGAUCGAGGCUCAGUGAGCCACGGAUUGUGGGGAUGACUCAGGAGAGAGCCAGAACCCGCCUUUGCCCAAAGAGUCCACUAGUGACAACGUAGUCGCACACACCCUUCCCGCAUCACUUCCUGCCCCGGGCAGGGAACGUCCUCUCCCGCCUCUCCCUUUGCCCUAGACAUGGGGUUGCCGACUCUGGGCUGGGAAAUCCCUAGAGAUGCGGAGGUGGAGCCCGGGGAGGGUGG